UAUAUCCGAUGAGAUUGUUAGGUGUAUGGCCACUAUGAGAUGGAUCGCUCAGAGGCUGAGCCCCCAGCAGUGGUAGAGGACGGGUCAGUGUCUCUCCGGCUUGUGGAAGGAUCGGACUAUCUCAGAGUGUUACAUUGUUUCCACUUUAUACAGAGAGAGAUCGGGGAGAGCUGCUGAGCCAGAGACCUGCUGCACCGGCGCACAGUGACACCGCACACUCCCACCGACACCACACACACAUAUACACACACUGACACACAGACACAUCUCCCACCAGCCCAGGGAGGGGAAGCAACGAGUCAGGGCCGCUCCAUACAAUCUGCUGCCUGUGUGAGUGAAGAUGGCGGCUCCCAUCCCUGCCAAGCCAGGCACUGUAGGGGGAGGCAGCAAACCUGCGUCCCCGGAGCUGGAUUUCAGGUCUGGAGCCAGGAUCGAAGAAUUAAACAAACUCAUCCAGGAAUUCAGCAAGCAUGAUCAGAGGGAAUAUGAUGACCAGAGAGCCCUGGAGAUCCACACAGCCAAGGACUUCAUCUUCUCCAUGCUAGGCAUGGUCCAGAAACUCGACCAGAAGUUGCCUGUAGCAAAUGAGUACUUGCUGCUUUCUGGUGGUGUUCGGGAAGGAGUUGUAGACUUGGAUCUUGAUGAAUUGAAUGUUUAUGCUCGUGGAACCGAUUAUGACAUGGAUUUUACCCUUCUUGUGCCAGCUUUAAAGCUUCAUGACCGAAACCAACCAGUCACACUUGAUAUGCGUCACUCUGCCCUGUGUCACUCAUGGCUUAGCCUUCGAUUGUUUGAUGAAGGGACAAUCACAAAGUGGAAAGACUGUUGUACAAUUGUUGAUCAUAUCAAUGGCGCCACUAACUAUUUCUUCUCCCCUACAAAAGUUGCUGACUGGUUUCACGAGUCAAUCAGUAUCGUUCUGUCUGAAAUUCAGAAGAAACCUCAGAGAGGAAUGCCCAAGGUGGAGAAGGUAGAAAAGAAUGGCACGAUUAUAUCCAUCAUUUUAGGUGUUGGCAGCAGUCGCAUGCUGUAUGAUAUUGUUCCUGUGGUCUCGUUCAAAGGGUGGCCAGCUGUAGCACAGAGCUGGCUAAUGGAAAACCACUUUUGGGAUGGCAAGAUUACAGAGGAAGAAGUCAUUAGCGGCUUUUAUUUAGUGCCAGCUUGCUCCUAUAAGGGUAAGAAAGAUAAUGAAUGGAGAUUGUCAUUUGCCAGAAGCGAGGUGCAGUUGAAGAAGUGCAUUUCCAGCAGCCUAAUGCAAGCCUAUCAAGCUUGUAAAGCCAUAAUCAUAAAGCUUUUAUCAAGACCAAAAGCUAUCAGUCCAUACCAUCUGCGUAGUAUGAUGCUGUGGGCUUGUGAUAGACUCCCAGCUAAUUACUUAGCUCAGGAAGAUUAUGCAGCCCAUUUCCUUUUGGGACUUAUUGAUGAUCUGCAGCAUUGCUUAGUAAACAAAAUGUGCCCCAACUACUUUAUUCCUCAAUGCAAUAUGCUAGAGCACCUUUCAGAGGAUACAGUGAUUUUACAUGCUAGAAAGCUGUCUUCUGUGAGAUCAGACCCUACAGAACACCUUCGGACAGCCAUUGAACAUGUCAAGGCUGCCAACCGACUCACCCUGGAUCUCCAGAGGAGAGGAAGCACCACUAGCAUACCAUCCCCACAGUCUGAUGGAGGAGACAAUAACCAACCGGACGAUCGGUUAGCCAAAAAAUUGCAACAGCUAGUAACUGAAAACCCAGGAAAGUCUAUCUCUGUCUUCAUCAACCCUGACGAUGUUACCAGGCCUCAUUUUAGGAUUGAUGACAAGUUUUUCUGAGAAUGUCCGAUGCAUUCAUUAAGACUUCAUGUGUAAUCUGUGUGAUGUCUUGUUUUUACAUAUCCAGCUUAGCUUGGAUCUGUCAAGAACAAUAUGAAAUUUUUAAUCCUGUUUGUGCAGGACUUUGCAAAAUUUGAAACAGUAUAUUACUAUUUCAUAUGCUGCUUUGAUCAUUUUUUUUUUUUUUAGGUUUUAAGGGAGAACAUGAGCCUUAAUGACCAUUUUAUGUUUGCUAUUGUGUCUAUUUAAUUGAUAUACAUGUUGAAAAUUCAGAUAUAUGUUUUGGAAAUAAAUUAAUUCCAUUGGGCUUCCAUUGUUUUAAGUAUACAUGUACCAACAACUUUGGCUAUCAAGCUGGGCCUAUUUACAUUUCCCAUUGUGCCAAGUAAAUUUCCUGAAAGUUCUGGGUCAUCAGUCACGUCAAGACAAACUCGCUUGGCACAAUAAACUAGCUUGUCAGCAAAUGUUGUUCUUACAAAACUAAGCAUAUUAAAUAAUUAAGAGCAAUUGUGAUGUCCUAAGUGCAAUAUAAUACAGCAACCAAAGGUAUUUACUGAAAGCAGGCCUUGUUUGUAAAGAUAUCACUUUGAACAUUUAUAGAAAACUUUUAGGGCUCACUCACACUUGCCCACACAUAAAUCAAGUAUUUUUCCUGUACAGGCUGGUGUUCACACUGUACAGACAGUAGGGGGCAGUGCCUUGCUUUUGUACAAUCUAGGUCCGGCCAUAGAUGCUCAAUGGCAGACAGUGUUGACAGAGGAAUCCCUACCAUAGAGCCAUUGUGUUCUCCCGAUGGGUGCAGUCGUCCCUUUUGGGAGAACAAUGAUUAUUGCUAGCGGCUAAAACAGUGUAUAUGUAAUGUAAAACCUUCUAGGCUGGUUGUACCCAAGUUGAUCACUUGGUCAGCUUAAGGGGUGGUUUACCUUUGGAAACCCUAUUUUUUUUUUUGUUUCAAUUGUUUGCUGCAGUGCAUAGAAAGGAACGGAUGGUUGGAGAUUUCAGAGGAACAUUGGUGAGAUGUGGAAAAUUGCAGACAUGCUGUAUUUUCCACACCUCUGUGCUUCAUUGUAGCAUUAACAGGGCACAAAGAAAACAAUUGUUUUUGGUUUGUCCUUGUGGUGACCUCCAUUUUUCAGAUUUAGAAAAACGCUGCUUUCCACACAAGUGUGGACAAACCCCUGCUGAGAAAAAUAUACCUUCUGAUAUUGUGUGACCUCUCCUUUUAAAAAGGAUAGUUAUCUGGGUCUCAUGUUGACUUCAGUGAUUUGUGUCACGCUCCCAAAACAAGCAAAUUAAGAGUUUGCACUUGCAUGCUUGUUCAAGGCAAUAAAACAUAUUACUACAGCUAGUUAGUAUGACCAUCAAGCAAGUAGAGUUGUCAGAAAGAGGUCAGGUGUGCUAGCAUCCAUUUUUCUCUAAUAAUAGGCUUCCUCUAAGCUGCACUGCCCAUUUUGGUAAAAACAAUACUCAUGUUAUAUUCUUGUGCUGCUGUGGUAUUAAGAAUGCUAAACCAAUCGCACCUCCUUAGCAUGUCUCUGUGCAGUGUGGCAUUGCUCCGAUACCGGUGCUAAUACUGAACGAGUACUUGUACGCAUGCAAAUGUUCCGAAUCACACUGAUCUGCAGCUUUAUAUUCGCACUGAAGUAGCACAAUUUUAAUGCCACCCCGAUGUGAACCAUGGCUUACAGUUCCUUAAAAAUUAUUACAGUUUCUUUAUAAUUAUAAAGGAUUGGUAAUUGGUAUCGGUGAGUACUUGAGAAAAAUUAUCGGUACUUCAACUUGGUUUUAAAAAAACUGAUAUUGGCGCACCCCUAUUGCAUUGUGUGGAUAUGUAAAUAUGGCAGCUCUAGAACAUAUUAGGAACAUGAAUAGGAAAUCCAGACCAAUGUUUGGGUCAGAAAGUGGCACUAGCAACAUUGGCAUGCAAAUGAGUUGACAAAGUAUAUUAUUCUUUUAAAUGAUCCUAUAGCAAGGCCUUCUUAAUGUAGGUCAGAUCAGUGAAGCUGAAUUUCUGUUUGGUUGCUGUCCAUUGAUGCACUUUGCACAUUACUCUUUGUCUUUUUGAACAAGCCCGUUUGUGUUAUUUUGGAAAAUACUCUAAAGUUGGGUAUAUACUGUAUACAUUCACUUUCUCUGUAAAGUUUAAAAAAAGCUCCAUCACUUAAGGAACCUUAAAUUGAGUAAACCAUCUCAGAUCAUGUAUUACUGAACUGAUCGUACUUUGAAUUCAAAGAUUUCAUUCCAAAGAUUGCUUUAGUCUUAAAAUGAUUCACCCGUCUCUGAGAUUCUAGGUACAGUCUCACUUGUGUGGGAAGAUGUAAAAAUGUUAUAUUUGAAAUGCUAGAAGUUUUCUGACAAGAUUCCACUAACAUUUUGUUCUGCUGAAAUGUAUAGCUUGUGCAGUCUGCUUUCUUUACCGGAAGAAUGUCAUUCACCAUGUGCUGUGUAAUGUUCUGCUAAGGUUGUCUUAUUUUUCUUGCCAGUUCUGUGGAAGAUAUAAGCAGUAAUGGCUUACAAUAAAUUCUUCUAAAGUGGCAUUUCA